GGGUGGCGCGGCCGGCGGCGCCUGGACCUCCCGUCCCCCAGAGGGCGCUGCCCCGGCCGGCCCCGCCCAUAUUUGGGCCUUACGAGCCCACAGGCCCUGGAGAAGCCGCGGGGAGGCCGGGAGCCCGCGGGCCGGAGCCGCCCGGCGGGAGAGUGGGGGCUGGGCGGCCGGCCCACCUGUGGGGGCGACUUGAGCGUUGAGGGCGCGCGGGGAGGCGAGCCAUCAUGUUCAACCAGCAGCAGCAGCAGCAGCUCCAGCAGUUACAGCAGCAGCAGCUCCAGCAGCAGCAAUUGCAGCAGCAGCAGUUACUGCAGCUCCAGCAGCUGCUCCAGCAGUCCCCACCACAGGCCCCGUUGCCCAUGGCUGUGAGCCGGGGCCUCCCCGCACAGCAGCCACAGCAGCCGCUUCUGAAUCUCCAGGGCACCAACUCAGCCUCCCUCCUCAAUGGCUCCAUGCUGCAGAGAGCUUUGCUUUUACAGCAGUUGCAAGGACUGGACCAGUUUGCAAUGCCACCAGCCACGUAUGACACUGCCGGUCUCACCAUGCCCACGGCAACACUGGGUAACCUCCGAGGCUACGGCAUGGCAUCCCCAGGCCUCGCAGCCCCCAGCCUGACAGCCCCCAGCCUCACACCCCCCCAACUGGCCACUCCAAAUUUGCAACAGUUCUUUCCCCAGGCCACUCGCCAGUCCUUGCUGGGACCUCCUCCUGUUGGGGUCCCCAUGAACCCCUCCCAGUUCAACCUUUCAGGACGGAACCCCCAGAAACAGGCCCGGACCUCCUCCUCUACCACCUCCAAUCGAAAGGAUUCUUCUUCUCAGACAAUGCCUGUGGAAGACAAGUCAGACCCCCCAGAGGGGUCUGAGGAAGCCGCAGAGCCCCGGAUGGACACACCAGAAGACCAAGAUUUACCACCCUGCCCAGAGGACAUCGCCAAGGAAAAAUGCACUGCAGCACCUGAGCCUGAGCCUUGUGAGGUGUCCGAGCCGCCAGCCAAGAGGUUGAGGAGCUCAGAAGAACCCACAGAGAAGGAACCUCCAGGGCAGCUACAGGCGAAGGCCCAGCCACAGGCCCGGAUGACAGUACCGAAACAGACACAGACACCAGACCUGCUGCCUGAGCCCCGGGAAGCCCAAGUGCUGCCACGAUUCCAGCCACGGGUCCUGCAGGUCCAGGCCCAGGUGCAGUCACAGACUCAGCCACGGAUACCACCCACAGACACCCAGGUGCAGCCAAAGCUGCAGAAGCAGGCACAAACACAGACCUCUCCUGAGCACUUAGUGCUGCAACAGAAGCAGGUGCAGCCACAGCUGCAGCAGGAGGCAGAGCCACAGAAGCAGAUGCAGCCACAGGUACAGCCACAGGCACAUUCACAGGCCCCAAGGCAGGUGCAGCUGCAGCAGGAGGCAGAGCUGCAGAAGCGACUGCAGCCCCAGGCACGUUCACAGCCCCCAAGGCAGGUGCACCUGCAGCUGCAGAAACAGGCCCAGACACAGACGUAUCCACAGGUCCACACACAAGCACAGCCAAGGGUCCAGCCGCAGGAGCAGCCUCCAGCGCAGGUGCCAGUACAGCCACCAGAGCAAACCCAUGAGCAACCUCAGACCCAGCCACAGGUGUCGGUGCUGGCUCCAGAGCAAACACCAGUUGUGGUUCAUGUCUGCGGGUUGGAGAUGCCAUCUGAUGCAGUAGAAGCUGGUGGAGGCAUGGAAAAGACCUUGCCGGAGCCUGUGGGCACCCGAGUCAGCAUGGAAGAGAUCCAGAAGGAGUCGGCCAGUGGCCUAGAUGUGGGAGAAUGUGAAAACAGAGCUAGAGAGAUGCCAGGGGUAUGGGGCGCUGGGGGCUCCCUGAAGGUCACCAUUCUGCAGAGCAGUGACAGCCGGGCCUUUAGCACUGUACCCCUGACACCUGUGCCCCGCCCCAGUGACUCCGCCUCCUCCACCCCUGCAGCUACCAGCACUCCCUCAAAGCAGGCCCUCCAGUUCUUCUGCUACAUCUGCAAGGCCAGCUGCUCCAGCCAGCAGGAGUUCCAGGACCACAUGUCGGAGCCUCAGCACCAGCAGCGGCUAGGGGAGAUCCAGCACAUGAGCCAAGCCUGCCUCCUGUCCCUGCUGCCCGUGCCCCGGGAUGUCCUGGAGACAGAGGAUGAGGAGCCUCCACCAAGGCGCUGGUGUAACACCUGCCAGCUCUACUACGUGGGGGACCUGAUCCAACACCGCAGGACACAGGACCACAAGAUCGCCAAACAAUCCUUGCGACCUUUCUGCACCGUUUGCAACCGCUACUUCAAAACCCCUCGCAAGUUUGUGGAGCACGUGAAGUCCCAGGGGCAUAAGGACAAAGCCAAGGAGGUAACCCGAGCUCCCUCAGAGGACAUGGGCCCAGAGAGGUACAGAGCCUUGGCCAAGGCCACGCAGCAAGUUGAGGUUUUUCCCAGCCCAAACUCACAGCAGCUGAAGUCGCUUGAGAAGGAGAUUGCUGGCCAAGAUGAGGACCACUUCAUUACCGUGGACGCUGUGGGUUGCUUUGAGGGUGAUGAAGAGGAAGAGGAUGAUGAGGAUGAAGAAGAGAUCGAGGUUGAGGAGGAACUCUGCAAGCAGGUGAGGUCCAGAGACAUAUCCAGAGAGGAGUGGAAGGGCUCGGAGACCUACAGCCCCAAUACUGCAUAUGGUGUGGACUUCCUGGUACCCGUGAUGGGCUACGUCUGCCGCAUCUGCCACAAGUUCUAUCACAGCAACUCAGGGGCACAGCUCUCCCACUGCAAGUCCUUGGGUCACUUUGAGAACCUGCAGAAAUACAAAGCGGCCAAGAACCCCAGCCCCACCACCCGACCUGUGAGCCGCCGGUGCGCAAUCAACGCCCGGAACGCUUUGACAGCCCUGUUCACCUCCAGCGGCCGCCCACCCUCCCAGUCCAACACCCAGGACAAAACACCCAGCAAGGUGACGGCUCGACCCUCCCAACCCCCACUACCUCGGCGCUCAACCCGCCUUAAAACCUGAUAGAGGGACCUCCCUGUCCCCCGGCCUGCCUGGGUCCAAAUCUGCUAAUGCUCUUUAGGUGUCUGCCUGGAAACUUUGACAUGGUUCGUGUUUUUACUCAAAAUCCAAUAAAACAAGGUAGUUUGGCUGUGCA